AUGAAGUUCACCCUAGGCCUGGGGUCGCGGGCGUGGAGAGUGUCCUGGGAGCGGGCGGAGGCGGCGGCGGGCGGCGGCGCGCUCGGCAGCGGCUCACGGCGCUCUUCCAGCCCGCGGCCCGGCCGCCGCGGCUCUCGGCUCGCGCGCGCCCUCCCUCUAUGCCUCUCCCGCGGCGGCGGCGCCCCAGUUCUCCCGGACCGCGCCGGGCCCAGCCCCGGCCGCCUCGGCGCCAGGCAGCCGGCCGGCCCGCGCGCCAUGGAGCAGACGUACGGCGAAGUGAACCAGCUGGGCGGCGUGUUCGUCAACGGCCGCCCCCUGCCCAACGCCAUCCGCCUGCGCAUCGUGGAGCUGGCGCAGCUGGGCAUCCGACCCUGUGACAUCAGCCGGCAGCUUCGCGUAUCCCACGGCUGCGUGAGCAAGAUCCUGGCGCGCUACAACGAGACGGGCUCCAUCCUGCCCGGGGCCAUUGGGGGCAGCAAACCCCGCGUCACUACCCCCAACGUGGUCAAGCACAUCCGGGACUACAAGCAGGGCGACCCCGGCAUCUUUGCCUGGGAGAUCCGCGACCGGCUGCUGGCCGACGGCGUCUGCGACAAGUACAACGUGCCCUCUGUGAGUUCCAUCAGCCGCAUCCUGCGCAAUAAGAUUGGCAGCCUGGCGCAGCCCGGCCCGUACGAGGCGAGCAAGCAGCCGCCGCCGCAGCCGGCGCUGCCCUAUAACCACAUCUACCAGUAUCCCUACCCCAGCCCCGUGUCGCCCACGGGCGCCAAGAUGGGCAGCCACCACGGGGUCCCGGGCACAGCGGGCCACGUCAGCAUCCCCCGUUCAUGGCCCUCGGCUCACUCGGUCAGCAAUAUCCUGGGCAUCCGGACGUUUAUGGAGCAAACAGGGGCCCUGGGGGGGAGCGAAGGCGCCGCCUACUCCCCGAAGAUGGAAGACUGGGCCGGCGUGAACCGCACGGCCUUCCCCGCCAGCCCAGCCGUGAACGGGCUCGAGAAACCUGCCUUGGAGGCGGACAUUAAAUACACGCAGUCGGCCUCCGGCCUCCCCGCGGUGGGCGGCUUCCUCCCGGCCUGCGCCUACCCGGCCUCCAACCAGCACGGUGUGUACAGCUCGCCGGCCGGCGGCUACCUCGCCCCGGGCCCGCCGUGGCCGCCGGCACAGGGGCCCCCGCUGGCGCCCCCCGGGGCCGGCGUCACCGUACACGGCGGGGAGCUUGCCGCAGCCGUGACCUUCAAGCAUCCCAGCCGAGAAGUGGCCGACCGGAAACCGCCCAGCCCCGGCGGCAAGGCCCCCGACGGCCUCGGGAGCUUACACGGACUGCCCGUCCCGGCCUCGACCUCCUAG